AUGGCGUCUAUGGGUCCCUCCAGAAAGCCUCAAUCGCAAACGCAAGUGACCUCGUCCCAGAUGAAGCGAGCAACGUGCAACUUAUGCCGUGAAAUCAAGGUGCGCUGCGACCUGGAAAAGCCGCAGUGCCAUUGCUGUCGCAAAUCAGGCCAGACGUGCGUGUAUUCCUCGGGCAAGACAGACAAUGACGAGAUCAUGUCGGCGCUGAAUCUGCUUCACUCCCGUCUGCUACAAGCGGAAACGACACUCCAGGAACAAUGCCUACAAUUCACGACUCAGUCUAUGAAGCCGAAUUCUGCCUUAUCCCCAAGCUACAUGUCGCAGAAUUCCCAGUUUGCGUAUGACCUACUGUCACAAGGUGAUGAAAUGGAGUACUCAAAUAUGGUAUUCCCAGAGUUUGACCCGAGCGACUACCAUCAGCCACCCGCCAUGAUCGAUGUUGUGAACAGCUCUGGCACAGAUGGGACUCCUUCAGAACUAGAUUUGAAUACGGCCAACCUGAAAGACAAUCCCCAAGGCCCCACAUUCAACCAACUGUUCGAGCAACCCACUCCCUUUAGCGGGUUGGAGCAGCAGUAA